AUGACGACCCAGCAGGAGGUGCAACUAAGUGAUACCAAGAAUAAUGAAAGCCAGUCAUCUUCGGAAGUUCUAGCCGAUACGUCUGACUCAAAUUCAAACGGCAACGGCGAUGAUGAUAAUAUCGAACAAAGCGAAGGCCUAUCAGGUAAGGAAGUGUAUACGGUAGCAGAUAGACCACCGGAAUAUUGGGCUCAAAGAAAGAAAAAAUUCGUGCUGGAUGUAGAUCCAAAGUACGCCAAGCAAAAGGACAAGUCUGAUACGUACAAAAGAUUUAAAUAUUUACUGAGCGUCACAGAUCUUUUCCGUCAUUUUAUUGGCAUUAAAGCGAAACAUGAUAAAAAUAUUCAAAAACUCCUAAAAAAGUUAGAUUCUGAUGCAAAUAAACUUUCCAAAUCACAGAGCUCCGUCAGUUCGUCAUCACGUCAUCAUAGGAAAACAGAAAAGGAGGAGGAUGCUGAAUUGAUGGCUGAUGAGGAAGAAGAAAUUGUAGAUGAAUAUCAGGAAGACAUAUUCGUCUCAGAAUCUCCCUCUUUCGUCAAAUCAGGAAAAUUAAGAGACUAUCAAGUACAAGGCUUGAAUUGGUUAAUAUCGCUGCACGAAAACAAAUUGUCGGGUAUCUUGGCCGAUGAAAUGGGACUGGGUAAAACCUUACAAACAAUUUCAUUCCUAGGUUAUUUAAGAUACGUCAAACAAAUUGAAGGUCCCUUUUUGAUUAUAGUACCGAAAUCAACAUUAGAUAAUUGGAGACGAGAGUUUCUCAAAUGGACUCCAAACGUCAAUGUCCUUGUGUUACAUGGUGACAAAGACACAAGGGCUGGCAUAGUACGGAAUAUAAUAUUACAAGCUAGAUUUGAUGUACUAAUUACAUCUUACGAAAUGGUCAUUAGAGAAAAGAACGCUUUGAAAAGAUUGGCUUGGCAAUACAUUGUUAUUGAUGAAGCUCAUAGGAUCAAAAAUGAACAGAGCGCGUUAUCUCAAAUAAUUAGAUUAUUUUACUCUAAGAAUAGACUAUUGAUCACGGGUACGCCUUUACAAAACAAUCUUCACGAAUUAUGGGCUUUAUUGAAUUUCUUAUUGCCUGAUAUAUUUGGAGAUUCUGAACUAUUCGAUGAAUGGUUCGAACAAAAUAAUUCUGAACAAGAUCAAGAAAUUGUUGUUCAGCAAUUACAUUCAGUACUGAACCCCUUUUUACUGAGAAGAGUCAAGGCGGAUGUAGAAAAAUCUUUAUUGCCUAAAAUCGAAACGAACGUUUACGUAGGGAUGACGGAAAUGCAAAUACAAUGGUAUAAAUCAUUAUUAGAAAAGGAUAUAGAUGCUGUUAACGGUGCUGUUGGGAAAAGAGAAGGUAAAACAAGAUUGUUGAACAUUGUCAUGCAAUUAAGGAAAUGCUGUAAUCAUCCAUAUCUUUUUGAAGGUGCAGAACCUGGACCUCCAUACACUACUGAUGAGCAUUUGAUUUUUAAUUCCGGAAAAAUGAUUAUAUUAGAUAAACUGCUGAAAAGACUAAAGGAAAAGGGAUCUAGGGUAUUGAUUUUCAGCCAAAUGUCAAGACUGUUGGAUAUAUUAGAAGAUUAUUGCUAUUUCAGAGAUUUUGAAUAUUGCAGAAUUGAUGGUUCUACUAGUCAUGAAGAACGUAUUGAAGCUAUCGAUGAAUAUAAUAAACCAAAUUCGGAAAAGUUCGUUUUUUUGUUAACAACACGUGCCGGUGGUUUAGGUAUCAAUCUUGUCACAGCAGACACUGUCAUUCUUUUUGAUUCCGAUUGGAAUCCUCAAGCUGAUUUACAAGCAAUGGAUAGAGCGCAUAGAAUCGGUCAAAAGAAACAAGUUCAUGUUUAUAGAUUUGUCACAGAGAACGCUAUUGAAGAGAAAGUUAUUGAGCGUGCCGCACAGAAACUGAGACUAGAUCAGUUGGUUAUCCAACAGGGUACCGGUAAGAAAACCGCAUCUCUUGGUAACUCAAAGGACGAUCUUUUAGAUAUGAUUCAGUUUGGCGCUAAAAAUAUGUUUGAAAAGAAAGCAAGCAAAGUCACUGUUGAUGCAGAUAUCGAUGAAAUUUUGAAAAAGGGAGAACAAAAAACACAAGAAUUAAACGCCAAAUACCAAAGUUUGGGGCUCGAUGACCUACAAAAGUUCAAUGGGAUAGAGAACCAAUCUGCUUACGAAUGGAAUGGUAAAAGCUUUCAAAAAAAAUCAGACGACAAAAUUGUUGAGUGGAUUAAUCCUUCCCGAAGGGAAAGAAGGAGGGAGCAAACCACUUAUUCAGUCGAUGAUUAUUAUAAAGAGAUUAUUGGUGGAGGUUCUAAAUCAGCAAGCAAGCAAACCCCGCAACCAAAGGCACCCCGCGCUCCAAAGAUCAUACACGGUCAAGAUUUCCAAUUCUUCCCCAAAGAGUUGGAUGCUUUACAAGAAAAGGAACAGCUUUAUUUCAAGAAAAAGGUUAACUACAAGGUUACCUCUUAUGACAUUACGGGAGAUACACGGAAUGAGGGAAGCGAUCCUGAAGAAGAAGAAGGAGAAUACAAAAAUGCGGCAAAUACAGAAGGUCGUAAAGCUCAGGAAGAACUUAAAAAAAGGAUUGAGGAAGAGCAAGAGAAGAUCAAUUCAGCAGCUGAUUUUACUGAAGAAGACGAACUGCAGAAGCAAAAGCUGAUAUCAAAAGCCUUUACUAACUGGAAUAAGAGAGACUUUAUGGCGUUUAUCAAUGCCUGUGCCAAAUACGGUAGGGAUGAUAUGGAGAAUAUCAAGAAAUCUAUAGAUUCCAAAACACCAGAAGAGGUUGAAGAGUAUGCAAAAGUAUUCUGGGAGAGAUUAAAAGAAAUAAAUGGAUGGGAAAAGUAUUUACACAAUGUCGAACUUGGUGAAAAAAAAAAUGAAAAACUGAAAUUUCAGGAAACUCUAUUAAGGCAAAAAAUUGAACAAUGUAGACAUCCGUUACAUGAGCUGAUAAUACAGUAUCCACCUAAUAAUGCAAGAAGAACUUACAAUACAUUAGAAGAUAAAUUUCUAUUAUUAGCUGUUAACAAAUAUGGGCUUCGUGCUGACAAACUCUACGAGAAAUUAAAGCAAGAAAUUAUGAUGAGUGAAUUAUUUACUUUUGAUUGGUUUAUAAAGACAAGAACAGUGCACGAACUAUCAAAAAGAGUCCAUACGCUGUUAACUUUAAUUGUAAGGGAGUACGAGCAACCUGAUGCAAACAAGAAGAAAAGGAGUAGAACUACAGCGACUAGAGAGGACACUCCUUUAUCCCAAAAUGAAAGCACAAGGGCUUCAACGGUUCCAAAUCUUCCAUCGACGAUUGUAUCAAAUCAAAAGGAUGCAAACGAUCAUGCUGAUAAAAGGCCCAAAAUUGAUCAAGAAGCAUGA